CCCGCCCUCGACCGGAGGUCUGACUUGCGCCUGCCCAGUCCGCCUGUCUCUGCUGUCUCCUUCACUGUGUCCCGUUGCACCCAAAGGCGUUGUUAGACUCUGCACGCUCCGCCCCAUAAAUAAAGAGUCAUGGAAGAAAAAGGAGUGGAGAGUAUGGUGCAGCAGGACAAGACAGGAAAAGGCAAGCAGGCAGAGAACAAAGACCACUGUGUGACAUGCCAGCACCACGCACCUAAGGGACAUGGCACAAUGGCUGUCCCUCCUGCAUACGCAGAUCUGGGCAAAUCUGCCAAAGACAUCUUCAACAAGGGCUAUGGCUAUGGAGUUCUGAAGCUGGACGUUAAGACAAAGUCCCAGAGUGGUGUUGAGUUUGCCACCUCCGGCUCCAACAACACAGACACAGGGAAGUCAGGAGGCCACCUGGAGACCAAGUACAAAGUGAACGAGCUGGGCCUUAACUUCAACCAGAAAUGGAACACAGACAAUACUCUGACCACAGAAAUCACCAUGGAGGACCAGCUGGCUAAGGGCCUGAAGCUUAGUCUGGACACGUCGUUUGUGCCCAACACCGGCAAGAAGAGUGCUAAGCUGAAGACCGGCUACAAGCGUGACUUUGUCAAUGUGGGCUGCGAUCUGGACUUCGACAUGGCUGGUCCCACCGUCCAUGCAGCUGCUGUGCUGGGCUACGAGGGCUGGCUGGCAGGCUACCAGUUGGCUUUUGACACUGCCAAAUCUAAACUGACCCAGAACAACUUUGCCCUUGGAUACAAGGCUGGUGACUUCCAGCUUCACACCAGCGUUAAUGAUGGCACAGAGUUCGGUGGCUCCAUUUACCAAAAGGUGAAUGGCAACUUGGAGACAGCAGUCCACCUUGCCUGGACAGCUGGCAGCAACAACACACGCUUUGGAAUUGGAGCCAAAUACCAGCUGGAUAAGGAUGCCUCCCUGUCUACCAAAGUUGACAACGCCUGCCUUGUUGGAGUUGGAUACACACAAACCCUCCGGCCAGGAGUGAAGCUCACCCUCUCAGGUCUGAUUGACGGGAAGAACGUGAACGGCGGUGGACACAAAGUCGGCAUGGGUUUUGAGCUGGAGGCAUAAAAAGAUUCAUUGGGAGGACAGACGAGAGGAGAGGAAAGUAACCCAGGAGAAGAUUGAAGAACCCAAAUGUGAAAACACAGCAAAAGGUCCACUCAGUGACACGUAAACACAUCUUCCCUCUGAGUCCUACACACAUAUGCACACAUUCUUUGGCCUUAACCCUGAAACCCCAAGCAGCCUCCAGGACCUCCAGUACUGUAAUUUUAAAGGAAUCAGACAUAUUUUUAUGUUGGUUAUUUUUUUAAAUUUGACAUUAUUUACAGGUCCCACAACCAACUUUUGAGCAUACAUUAUCAGAGUACAACAAAAGAACAGACUUGUCAACCAGGGAAUUCAUGCAAACCCCUGUUCUCCAAACAAUGUGCUACUCAUUACCAGUUUGACCAGACAAAGUGCACUUUAAUAAAGCAUUUGUGUCUCAGACAUAUCUGUAUUCUUUCUGAAAUAAGAUUUGAAGCACCUUCUUAUUUUGACUGUGUGGUCAGAUCAUUUUUUGUUCAGACAUACUCUGGGUUUUAGACAUUAAUAUGAUUAUUAGAGGAAGCUUGUUUUGGUAUAUUGUGGUUUUGUUGCAUGCUUUCAAGGCAAGAUGGACGUUUUUUAUUGACAAGUACAGUGACUGUAAACAAAUGCAAUAAAAGCUGGAGAGAAUUAAGCAGAAAAGACAAAGAGUGGCUGAUCCUUCUCAGACUGGGUGGACUGACUUUGAUUCCACCAUUUGACCUCAAUAACACAGUUAAAAACUGUGAACCUUCAGUUGCCUAAAUGUCUAUUUUUCAGGUCCUGUUUGGUAAAAGGGCCGAUGGCAAUUUGGAACUCUGUCACCUCUUUGUCUUGUCUUGUUUUGUGUCCUAUACCUGUUCAGCCUUUACCACUACAUUUCACUUUAUCUGUGCUGUGCUUUGUAUAGGAGAGUUAGUCAACAGUUAGGACCUCAACCUGAUUUUACUGAAUUAAUGGAAUAAAGAAUGGAAAAACA